GACUAACAAGUGACUUACUAAUUGCAAAAAUGAAGUUGACAUUAUUUGUGUUGUGUUGCAUAUUGCACUCAAUAGCUUGCCAUUUCGAUAGUUCCGACUAUAUUUUGUUCCCGCCACAACCAACAUCAAGUCGAAUCGUUGGAGGUGUCGAUGCCGAGGAUGGUGCAGCCCCAUUCCAGUGCUCAAUACAAUUGGGCCGAAGACACUUCUGUGGAUGUUCUCUCAUAUCGGAAAAAUGGAUUGUCACAGCUAGCCACUGCGUCAUGGGUCAAUCUGCAAGAAAUAUGGCAAUUUACGUUGGAUCAAAUGACUUGAAUAGUGGUGGAACUUACUACAAAGUUGAGAAAUAUAUAACCCACGAACGAUACAAUCAGCCAGGUUUUGCCAAUGACAUUGCUGUGAUUCGUGUGCAACGAUCGAUCACAUUCAGUGAUAAAAUCCAAGCCAUCGAAUACUCACCCGAAGAAGUACCAGACGAAGCUGUUCUCCAACUAACUGGAUGGGGUCGAUUGCGCGCUGGCGGUGCAGUGCCACAACUCUUGCAAAUCAUUCAAUUGAAUGCUGUUCAAACGGAAAGAUGUAGAGAAAUCUAUGGUGGCAACAACGUUCACGACUCCCACAUCUGCACAUUGGCCAAAAUCGGUGAAGGCGCUUGCAAUGGUGACUCUGGUGGUCCUCUCGUAUUCAACAACAAAUUGAUUGGAGUUGUCAACUGGGGAGUUCCGUGUGCAAUGGGUUAUCCGGAUGCUUACGCAAAGGUGUCCUUCCUUUAUGAUUGGGUCAAGAAUAAAACUGAAUCAAACUGAUUUUUCUUCUUUAGAUUAAUACAUUACUCGAACUUAUUAAGAACGGUUUAAUGAACUUGAGCAAAUUUUAAUUUUCAAAUUGGGUGCACAUGAUAUCACAAUUGUUAGAAAUAAAAACUUUUCAUACCGAAUCAAAUCAAUAUCUUUCAAUGAAUCACCAAUUCUGAUCAAAAACUUAUUUGUCUGCAUUUUUUUAAAUUUCUAAUAUGAUAAGAGUACCGUAUAGAUGUCUACAGCUUAGUGGCGUUGACUGACAUUCAACACCUAUGGUUCCAUACAUAUUUCACCCGCUCAGCGGGUUGAAUAUUCUAUAUUAUAUACAUAUUUAAGCUGGAUAUGAUAUAUCUGGAUAAAAAAAUAUGGUCGAAUUUAAACAAGAUAUU